GUCGGAGCUCUCUUUUCAAACACGAUCCUUGUGUAUUUUGAGGACAAGGGGUUGUGGACUGAAGGCUUCUUGGUGUCACUAGGCUCUGCCAUUGUCGCGUUGGUAGCCUUUCUGGCCCCAACGAAACAAUAUCGUUAUGUCAAGCCAUGUGGGAACCCGUUGCCUCGUGUGGCGCAAGUCUUCGUGGCCACUGCUCGAAAGUGGAGUGUUGUUCGUCCGGGAAGCCCCCAGGAUUUGUAUGAAGUCGAAGGUCCUGAAUCCGCUAUUAAAGGGAGUCGAAAGAUAUUUCACAGUUCCAAGUUUGUCUUCUUGGACAGAGCAGCAGUGAUUACAGAGAAUGAUAGGAGCAACGCAUGGAGGUUGUGCAGUGUAACUCAAGUAGAAGAGGCAAAAUGUGUGAUGAAGUUGCUUCCAAUAUGGCUAUGCACUAUAAUCUACUCAGUGAUCUUUACACAAAUGGCGUCUUUGUUUGUGGAGCAAGGUGAUGUGAUGGAUGCAUUUAUAGGGAAAUUUCACAUCCCUGCGGCGAGCAUGUCGGUCUUCGACAUAUUCAGCGUCUUUCUAUCAACGGGACUCUACCGCCACGUCAUAUUCCCAUACGUGAGACCCACGGAGCUUAUGAGGAUGGGGAUAGGGCUGAUCAUAGGGAUAAUGUCAAUGGUGGCUGCAGGGUUAACAGAGAUCCAACGGCUGAAACGAAUAGUCCCGGGGCAAAAAGAGAGUGAGCUCUCCAUUUUA